AUGGCGGCGGAGCGGAGUCGCUCUCCGAUGGACUCGCCGGUGCCGGCCUGUAUGUUCGCCCCCGAGCCCAGCUCCCCCGGGGCGGCCAGGGCUGCGGCAUCUGCCGCCCGACUCCACGGCGGCUUCGACUCGGACUGCAGCGAGGACGGCGAGGCGCUCAACGGCGAACCGGAGCUGGACCUCACCAGCAAGCUGGUUCUAGUGAGCCCUACAUCAGAGCAGUAUGACAGCCUACUUCGGCAGAUGUGGGAGAGGAUGGACGAGGGAUGCGGAGAGACCAUAUAUGUCAUUGGGCAGGGAUCAGAUGGGACUGAGUACGGGCUGAGCGAAGCUGACAUGGAGGCCUCCUAUGCCACAGUGAAGAGCAUGGCGGAACAGCUAGAGGCUGAUGUCAUCCUCCUGAGGGAGCGCCAAGAAGCCGGUGGCCGCGUGCGUGAUUACCUGGUCCGGAAACGAGUAGGAGACAAUGACUUCUUGGAGGUCAGGGUAGCAGUUGUGGGCAACGUGGAUGCUGGCAAAAGCACACUUCUGGGGGUCCUGACGCAUGGGGAGCUGGACAAUGGCCGAGGCUUUGCCCGCCAGAAGCUUUUCCGCCACAAACAUGAGAUUGAAUCUGGUCGUACCAGCAGCGUGGGCAAUGACAUUCUGGGCUUCGACAGUGAAGGCAAUGUGGUAAACAAGCCUGACAGCCAUGGUGGCAGCCUGGAGUGGACGAAGAUCUGUGAAAAGUCCACUAAAGUGAUUACCUUCAUCGACUUGGCUGGCCAUGAGAAGUACCUGAAGACCACUGUCUUUGGCAUGACCGGCCACCUGCCUGACUUCUGCAUGCUCAUGGUGGGCAGCAAUGCUGGUAUCGUGGGGAUGACCAAGGAGCAUCUGGGCUUGGCAUUGGCACUCAAUGUACCUGUCUUUGUGGUGGUCACCAAGAUUGACAUGUGUCCCGCCAACAUCCUACAAGAAACCCUGAAGCUGUUACAGCGCCUGCUGAAGUCUCCAGGCUGCCGGAAGAUCCCUGUGCUGGUGCAGAGCAAGGAUGAUGUGAUUGUUACGGCCUCCAACUUCAGCUCUGAGAGGAUGUGCCCAAUAUUCCAGAUCUCUAACGUUACAGGCGAGAACCUAGAUCUGCUGAAGAUGUUCCUCAACCUCCUGUCCCCCCGCACCAGCUACAGGGAAGAAGAGCCUGCUGAGUUCCAGAUCGACGACACCUACUCUGUCCCGGGUGUGGGGACAGUGGUAUCAGGGACAACACUGCGGGGCCUGAUCAAGCUGAAUGACACACUGCUGCUGGGCCCAGACCCCUUGGGUAACUUCCUGUCCAUCGCUGUCAAGUCCAUUCAUCGCAAGCGCAUGCCUGUCAAGGAGGUGCGUGGGGGCCAGACAGCCUCCUUUGCGCUGAAGAAGAUCAAGCGCUCAUCUAUCCGGAAAGGCAUGGUGAUGGUUUCCCCUCGUUUGAAUCCUCAAGCAUCCUGGGAAUUUGAGGCCGAGAUUCUUGUCCUCCAUCACCCCACCACCAUUAGCCCACGCUACCAGGCCAUGGUGCACUGUGGGAGCAUCAGGCAGACGGCCACCAUUCUGAGCAUGGACAAGGACUGCCUGCGUACUGGGGACAAGGCCACUGUCCACUUCCGCUUCAUUAAGACCCCUGAGUACCUGCACAUAGACCAGCGGCUGGUGUUCCGAGAAGGCCGCACCAAGGCUGUUGGCACCAUCACCAAGCUGCUCCAGACUACUAACAACUCCCCGAUGAACUCCAAGCCCCAGCAGAUUAAAAUGCAGUCAACGAAAAAGGGCCCACUGUCCAAAAGAGAAGAGGGGGCGCCAUCUGGCGGGUCUGUGGCGGCAGGAGCGGCGGGGGCAGCCCCUCCCGGAGACGAAGCUUCAUCUCUCGGUGCUGGGCAGCCGGGCACGUGCAGCGGUCUGCAGCCCCAGCCCAAGCCUAGCAGUGGGGGCCGACGACGAGGGGGCCAGCGCCACAAGGUGAAGUCCCAGGGGGCCUGUGUGACUCCUGCCAGCGGCUGCUGAAUCUUCCCUGGCCCAGCCCUGCCACCCAGGGAUCCUCACUCUGGCCACCACUCACCAGCUGGGCAGAGCAGCUGACCGCACCCGCCCACUCCCAGGCCACAGCCAGAGCCUCUCCGUUGCUCCACCUCCGUUUUCCAGGGGGGUUGUAAUUUAUAAAUGAGGAAAGUGGCCAGACUUUUUGAGGACUGACCAUUUCCUGCCUUCUUCCCUGCCUCCUUCCUCACUCACACAUCUUUUGUACAUCUGGGCCCUUAGUUUUUAUCUUUUUAUUAUAUAUCUCUGUCUCUAUUCAGCGUGGUGUGUGUGUGUGAGGCCCAGGAGUGUGGCGGUGGCCAGGGCCCUGUCCUUUUCUCCUCCGUGGCUGGCCUUCCCAUCCGUUCAUCCAUCCGUCCAUGUGUCUGUCGUGGUGAGAUCCUCAGAGGCUGUAGCAGACAUCAGGAGCUGAAGGAGGCCACCUUCCCUUCUCAGUGCUCCUCCUGCCACUGCAGGUCCCUCUGCAAGGCUGGCCUUGGGUUCUCAGGCUUCUGGGACUCUGUGUCUGCUACUGCCAGGGCAGAGAACCUGCAGCCCAGGACUUGGUGAUGUUAACAGGGAGGAAACGGUGGCUUCCCCUCGUCUCUUUCUCGCUCCGCUUCCCCUUAGCCCUCAAACAGGUGAUGCCAAAAGUUCCUCAGUCAAACCUGUGAGUGUGAGGGAGUGGCGACUGGGCUGCAGGACUCAUCCCACCCUGGCCCCGACCUGCGCCCCACUCCGGGGCACCUGCAGGGCUCCCCUUGGAGACAAUCCUGUGCUUGCCUGGGUUGGCCCUGGCUACUCCUGCUCCUGCCGAUCUGCCCAGCUUUGAGGCUGGCUCCUUGCCACCACUCGAGCCCCCUCCUGCUGCAACCUUGGCCUUUGCUUGGGCCUCAGGGCACUGGUUUACUAGACUAGGGCUAGGCUGCUCAGGACUGGGUUUUCUAGCACCUCUGGUUGGUAGGGAGAGGGUCUCUCUUCCGGGCCCCUCGUGCCCACCUCAGUCCAGCACAGCUGCUGCAGGAGCACAACAGUUCAGGGCUCGGCCCCGGGUCUGAAGGCCCUGCCGGGGAUGGGGGCGGGCAUGCUUGGGCCCAACACAGAGCACUUAGCGCUGAGAAGCACUGCUGCCUGGGGCAGGGCAGGUGGAGCUGUGCAGGCCGGAGAUGGUGACAUGGCCCAGGCUGUCCUGGACUGGGCUCUGCCCUGCAGCCUUCCGUUUAGGGUGGUGGGCCCACUUUCCUUCUCUAGCCAGGCCAGACACCCAGCUGGCUGGGUCUUUCGUCAGCUUCACCUCCCUGUCCCACCCGCCUCCUGUCCUCUGCUCCCUACUGCUGGUUCCCCUCUCCCCUCCUUUCAACUGUUUCUAGUUACCACUGCCCCAUGGCCAUGGACCGACCAGACCAGCAUUCACAAUAAAAGUUUGUUUCAAGUUGA